AUGCGGUUUCUGUCUACUACCGACAGUGGAUCAAUUCUCAACCGAUUCAGUCAGGAUUUGCAGCUUAUCGAUAUGGAGCUUCCAGUAGCCGCCAUCAACGUUGUUGUCACGUUCUUCCUAUGCGUCGCACAAAUGAUUCUAGUCGCCGUGGCGUCCGUGUAUGCUGCGAUCGCAUUCCCCGUUGUCCUGCUAUCACUAUACGGGAUACAAAAAGUGUACUUGCGAACAUCUCGCCAGCUCCGAAUUCUGGAUAUCGAAGCCAAGGCGCCAUUACUGUCACAUUUUACUGACUGCCUGAGUGGGUUGGUCACUCUCCGGGCAUUUGGCUGGCAGGAUGCGAUGGAAGAGAGGAGCUUGAAGAUCCUCGAUUACUCGCAGCGGCCGUUCUAUUCGAUGUACUCAGCUCAGCGUUGGCUAACCCUCACCUUGGAUCUUGUUGUUGCGGGCAUCGCGGUUGUCCUGAUCAUCCUUGUGGUUGCCCUGAGGGGUACACUCAACGCCGCUUACGUUGGGGUCGCCCUGUUCAACGUGAUUCUUUUCAGCCAGACGGUUAAGCUCCUAGUCCAGUUCUGGACAAACAUGGAAACUCAUAUCGGCUCUGUCGUGCGGGUGAAAGACUUCACGGCCAAGGUGGAAAAGGAAGAUCUGCCAGGCGAAAACAACCCUGUGCCGGUGACAUGGCCAAGUCGGGGAGGCAUUGAGUUCCGCAACGUCUCGGCAGCAUAUAGUUCGGACCUCGUGUUGAGGGAUGUUUCUCUAUCGAUCCGACCAGGGGAAAAAGUUGGGAUCUGCGGGAGAACAGGAAGUGGCAAAACAUCUCUGAUGCUAAGCAUAUUCCGCAUGAUUGAACUCAAUUCGGGCACAAUCGAUAUCGACGGUCUUGACAUUUCCACGAUUCCUCGUCAAGAAAUCUGCUCCCGUCUAAACGGUGUUUCGCAGGAUACGGUCUUCAUCAAGGGUAGCGUUCGACUGAAUGCCGACCCAACUAAUUCCAGCUCCGAUCGCGCGAUCUGGGAUGCCUUGAAAAGUGUCCAGUUAAUGAACGUGGUCCAGGAGAAGGGCGGCCUCACGGUAAACAUUGAUGACCUCCAUUUGUCACACGGACAGAAGCAACUCUUCUGCCUUGUGCGCGCAAUUCUCCACCCAAGCAAGAUUCUCGUCCUAGACGAAGCCACCAGCAAUGUGGAUAGUAAGACUGAUCAGACCAUGCAACGAGUGAUUCGGGAGAAAUUCUCCAACCACACCAUUCUCGCCGUGGCACACAAGUUGGACACCAUUCUGGAUUAUGACAAGGUCGUGGUGUUGGACCAGGGACAGGUCAUCGAGUGCGAGGAUCCGUAUUCACUAUUGACGCGUGACUCGGCAUUCAGCAAGCUAUAUGCUCAUUCUCUAUCGUCUGAAGAAGAGCAGCGGUGA